CUCAUAAGAUAUUUGCAUGAUUGAUACAGUUCUGUGGAAGGAUUCAGUCCCCCUAGUUCCAAUAGACCUACGUUUUACAGUCGAUGUUGUAAAACAAUAGUCUUGAAUUGUUUUUAUUUAAUUUAUUGGCUCUAAAACAAUAAGGGGGGUGCAUGCGCGCCACGUGGUGCUACUGUCAGCGCUGCCAACUCUGAGCCCUGAGCAGUUGUCAACAAUGAGUUGAUGAUUAUUAGUGAUCAGAACAAGUCUGUACAAUGGAACAUUCUUAUAGAGGAUUGUUGUGCAACUCAGAAAGCGGCUCUCGGUUACUCAAUUAUAGAUUAGUCAGAGUGGUGCCCGCAGUUUGGUGUGUGCGUGUGUGAUAUGGAAGGGAGAGAGAGAGAACGAUAAGAGAGAAAGAGAAACAGAGAGAGAGAGAGAGUUGUGUAAUCUGUCCAUUUUGUAUCGCUCUUUUUCUCCCCCUCAGGCCCCCAGGCUGCCAGACGUCACACCAGUUUAAAACAAGGACAAAAAAAGUUGUCGGGUGAACGAGAGAAAAAACACUCUGAACCCUUUCCCGAUCCGAAUCCAGGGAGGAGUGGGUGAGUGUGACAGAACGAGGGGGACCGAGAGAGAGAGCACGCGAAGGAACCCUCUCUCACAACCACACAGAAGACACAACGAUUGUUCUGACUAUCACCGAAAGGAACGGAUAAUAACUCACCCCGGGAAUCAACAAAAACACAUAUACGGUGGUCAGAAAGUCGUUACAGGAGGGGAAAUACUUCAGGGCGAGGCCACCGAGAGAAUGCGUCUCAGGUUUCUGUGCAGGAUUUAUGUGCUGUGGGGUUUUGUGGCAGUCACAUCCUCUCUGACCAAGGCUGAGAAGAAAAAGGCGACGGGCAGAAGAUCUCGGCAGGUGGACAAUAGUCCGGACGGGGUGUGGUCUGCCUGGGAGGAGUGGUCAGGAUGUUCUCAGAGCUGUGGAGUGGGCGUGUCACAGAGAACCAGAAAGUGUGAAGCCCCUCCCCGUCCUCUAACUCCUCCUCUCUCCCACUCUCCUCCAAACUGGGGGGGUUCAUCGUUCCUCCCAGGGAGGGCCGGGGGUCCCAACCAUGCCUCUAUCAUCUCCGCCAUCCGCCCCUUCUACCCCCCUCAUUACUCUAGCAACCAGCCAUCCCAGUACGGGGAAGGAGGUGGGGGAGGGACAGAGAGACAGCCAGCCCCCUUCUAUCCCCCCUCACUCCCAUCAUCCAAUCAGAACCCAGGACUGUCUCUCUAUCGGGACACUCCUAUAGGAGGAGGGGCAGGAGCUGUGCCAGCGCAGUCCUCCAAUCCCACGUCUCCCCUCUAUCGCCUGGAAUUCUCAUCACCCAAUCAGGAACCAGGUUCUGUUUACCGUUCCACCUCAUUUCCUGCCCCCCCAUCCAGCUACAGCCAACCAGCACAGGCCGCCCACCGGCCAGCCAAUCCUGGAACAGGGAGGGUGGGAGGAAGUGGGAGCAGAAGAUCCUCUUCUAUCCGUCCGGGUCAGUUUGGUUACGGCAGGGUUCCCUUCUCUCUGCCAUUACACCGGCAAAACCGGCACUCCCGCCACACUGAGCACGGCAAUGCUACCAUAGCAACCCUGGUACUAGAGACUGAGGGGCAGGAGGGAACUGUUGUUAACAUUGACCAAAUGGACAGAUCCGGAGAAGAGAAGAGGAGGGGAGAGAAGGAGAGGGAGGGAGGCAAAAACCACAAAGGGAACAAGGGAGAGAGGGAGCAUGAGAGGAGAGAGGAGGAGAGGAAGACAGAGGGGGAGAGUACGGAGUCACCUGUCGCUAAGGCAUUGCUAACAACAACCAUAGCUAAACCAGAAAGGAAUGGACAGAGGGACACGGACACUCACAGACAGAUGGACAGACAAAGACAAGCUGCUGCGGAGCGAGGGAGGGAGAGAGGGAGAGAAAGAGAGAGAGUGCCCUCGACCCUCCCUCACUCACACAGGCCAUCUCCCUUCCAGCCCAACCACGACAGAAUCAUUGACAGACACGCCCCUCCUCCCCUCCCCCCUCUGCCUCACCCCUACUCCCCCUCUCUUUCUCACCCCUACUCUCCCCCUCUCCACCGCUCCUCCCCCCAGCACAGAGAGAGAGAGUCCCCCUAUGGCUUCAACCCUCAGGUCCAAUCCCCUCACCCUGGACCCCCCCAACCCAACAUCUACCCCCUGCAAUAUCAGCAGCAUCCCCACCCCCUGGCCGAGGGGGAGUCAGGGGGACAGAGAUUACCCCCCCAGAACUACAGGUGUUCGGGAGCAGAGCAUAAGUUUCGUCGGUGCUUCUCACAGGUAAGAGCUAACUAG